AUUACGGCACGAAUGCGGAGAUCGACGAUCAUCCUGCCGAUUGUUAAGAAGUUGUUGUGCUUGGAGAGGAAAUACACCUGUCAUAUUACGAAAAUGAGCUCUAGUGGGAAUGCUGCAAGUGACAGUAAGGUUACUGGCUCGAUGAAAUCGUCAACAAACGUGAAGGGAGAGUUUGUCAGGAAAGAAUCUGCUUUCAGGGAUGCUGUGACAGCUGAUGGAUCCAGUGGAUUUAAGGCGGAGUCCAACCGCUACCAUCUGUACGUGUCCCUGGCAUGUCCGUGGGCCCAUCGCACCCUAACAGUUCGUACACUGAAGGGUCUGGAAGAUGCCAUCUCUUAUACAGUCGUGGAUUGGCUAAUGGGAGAGGGCGGGUGGAAAUUCACUGAUGAGAGACCAGGAUGUACACUUGACACACUGAAUGGGGCCACCUACCUUAGAGAUAUCUACUUGAAGGCUGAUCCAGAAUACCAAGGAAGAAUCUCAGUACCUGUUCUGUGGGACAAACAAUCAAAGACAAUCGUCAACAAUGAGUCCAGUGAGAUUAUCAGAAUGUUCAACACAGAGUUCAAUGCAUUCUGUAAGACGCCUGAACAGCGGGAGCUGAACUUCUACCCAGCCGAACUGCAGGCAGCCAUUGAUGGCGUAAAUGAAUGGGUGUACCCCCAGAUCAACAAUGGCGUCUACCGCUGUGGGUUUGCCCAGAGCCAAGAGGCAUACGACAGCGCCAUCACAGGACUGUUCCAGGGACUUGACCACGCUGAAGAGAUUCUCAGCAAACAGCGCUACUUGACAGGGAGUCAGGUCACGGAGGCAGACAUCAGACUGUUCACAACCCUUGUCAGGUUUGACAAUGUCUACCACACGCAUUUCAAGUGUAACCGACGUCAGAUUAUGAACUACCCCAACCUGUGGGGAUACACCCGUGACAUGUAUCAGCUCCCUGGGGUGUCAGCCACUGUUGACAUGGAGCACAUCAUGAAGCACUACUACGUAAGUACACCUGUAUUCCCAUAG